AUGGUGUUAGUGUGAAGGCUUUAGCGGCCGAGAGCCGACCUACAUUUUUGUCUUUCUUAUCUGCAGUGUAAACCAUCCGCCAGAUCAGAUACUGCAUCCGCUCGAUUGUGCAUCCAUCAGUAAAACAAUCUGACACGCUGACUUUACCUAACUAUUCUCGCCGAAUUAACCCCGCAUCUCGUUUUAGUGUCCAAAAGUCAAUUUCAAAUGGACUAAAGUUUAUUUGCAUCACCAAUCCUGUAAUUCGACCAAUUUAGAAACGCACAGAUCUCAAAGUGUCGUGACUGCCUUGCUAUAUUUGGGAAAGUAGAAUUUUUCCCGUAUCUCGGUCAUGGAAUUAACACAGCUAAACCCUAGCCAACGGGUUUUAUUCAAUCAGUUUGCAGAUGCUGUGGCGAAUUACCGGCAAUCAGAAUGGAUCGAUGACUACCUCCUUAAAUGGCUCGUCGCUCGCGAUUUCGACGUCCAAAAAGCUAAGGAUAUGCUUAUACAAUCGAUAGAAUGGCGCCAAAUUCACCAGAUUGACGGGAUUUUAGAUAACUGGACACCACCAGAAGUAAUGAAAAAAUAUUACGCAAUCGGAUCGGUUGGCAGCGACAAGUUUGGCUGCCCUGUAUGGAUAAACGCUUUCGGCCGGAUGGAUAUGACGGGAUUACUGCAAUCCGUUUCAAAGCGGGACUACCUCCGCUACGUCGUCUACACCACCGAAAUGAGCCAUCGCCAAAUGCAUCAAAAUUCUAUUGUUACUGGCAAACCUGUGUCGUAUCAAACACUCGUGAUUGACAUGGCGGAGUUAUCAAUCAACCAGCUCACCAAACAAUUUAUGGACGUUGGAAUGGAAUUGACACGAAUGAUUUUAGCUAACUAUCCCGAAGGAGUUCGCCGUGUCUUUGUCCUUAAUGUUCCCCAGAUUUUUUCAACGGUAUUUACCUUCGUUAAACCAUUUCUCAGUCCUGUCACGCUAGCCAAACUUAGUAUAUUUGGCCACGAUUCAAAAAUGUGGAAAGACGCAUUGUUAGAAGAAAUUGACGCCAGCCAACUUCCCGUCCAUUACGGGGGCACCAUGACCGAUCCUGAUGGCAACCCCAUGUGUCUUACGAAGAUUAGCAUGGGUGGCCAAGUCCCUAAAACGUAUUACUUGGAGAGGAAACAAUCUGUGCCUGGAGACCAAAUGAUAAGCGACCUGAUUCCAGCUGGCAAGCGGAAAAUGAUAGAAAUAACAAUCGAUGAAGCUAAAUCGUUUCUUAGAUGGGAGUUUGUGACAGAAGAUGGUGACAUUAAUUUCCAACUGGUGUACAUGAGGGAAAAUGGCGAAGAAAUGUUAAUUCUACCACGCGAUCGUUACGAAAGCCAUCAGUUGGUUGAAAAAGGAGAAAUUGUUUGUAUUUACUGCGGCAGAUACAUAAUGGAGUUUGACAAUUCGUAUAGUUAUUUCCGUUCCAAGAAGCUGUGGUACAACAUCGACGUCGUCAAGCCCAUGAAUAGAUAAGUAAAUUCUCAUCACCCAUAAGGUGCUACCCUCUUUUCAAUUUUUCAUAGUUUGAAUUCAAAAAAAGCAUUUUUUCUUACAUACUCAAAAAUGAAAGAAAAAUGUCAGUUUUGACAAAAAUAAACUUUUAGUUUAA